CUUGGAGGCUUGCACCGGGCGCCUUACAUGCUCAUCGCCGGUGUGCUCGGUCUCUUCGCUCUCGGCAUGCUGACCGCGCUCCCCGCCGCGACCGUCAGCGCCCCUCUCGCCGGCUUCCUCCUCCUCCUCACAAACGUCAACUUUGCGAUGCCCGACGUUAUGAUUGACGCCACUGUCGCCGAGCGCGCCAAGGUUCGGCCGGAGCUCGGCGCGGCGCUGCAGGCGCUCUGCUGGGGCUCGCUCGGCGUGGCUGGCGUGCCGGCCGGGGUGGUCAAGGGGUACCUGAUCGAGUGGUACGGCGCGAGGCUCCUCUUUGGCCUCGCCAUCUUCGCCGCCCUGGCGGUGAUGGUGCCGCCCCUCGGGGGCUGGCUCGGCGAGACGCGCCGCGCCGCCGCCAGCCGGAAGGGCGUGCGCGCCAUGUGCGGCGAGGUUUGGUCCCACCCGACCAAGAAGGUGGUCGCCGCCUCCGCCGCGCUCGUCGGCCUCUACUCGAUCUCGCUCGGCGUGCUCCAGCUGACGGUCGGCCGGUCGCACUCGGAGCUGGUCGACUCGCUCACGCUCGGAGGCAACUUUGGGCUCACCACGCUCCUCUACCUCCUCCUCCGCCGCGUCGACGACUGCCUCGCUCGCGCCGCCGUCUUCACUUUCCUCUCGGGCGUGCUGCAGCCCUACUCGUCCGUCCUCUUCGAGUGGGCCCACGCGCCGGCGGCAGACUCGGCCGACCUGCGCUGCAGGAGCGCUGCCGCGUGUGCCGCCCUCGACGCCGCCGUCGCAAACGGCACUGCGCCGCCGCCGCCCGACGGCUCCCUCCCCUGCGGGUGGGCUGCGGCGCAGCAGCUGCCCUGCCUCUCGCCGAUCGUAUACACGUGGGUGGGAGUCGUGUCCUCCGCCACGCUCGCGGGCGGGACGGCGCUCUACGCGACCUACUUCCAGACCUGGUCGUACCGCUCCAUCCUCGCAACGUCGCAGGCGGCCCUCUUCCUCAUCAACCUGCUCGACAACGUCUUCGUCGCGCGACUCAACCUCCGGCUCGGCGUCUCGGACGUCGCAUUCAUCUUCGGCGACGAGGUGCUCGUUGGCGUCCUGAGCCGGCUGCAGGCGAUGCCCUUCCUCAUCUACGCGGCGAAGCUCUGCCCGCCCUCCGUCGAGGCGUCCAUGUUCGCCCUCUUUAUGGGGCUCUCCAACUUUGGAUCCGCCGCAGGGCAGUACGUCGGCUCGGCGCUGCUCCGCUUCUUCGGCGGCGUCGAGGCGCCCGCCUUUGAGCGGCUCGGCGCAUACGUCUUCACCCGGACCCUCAUCGGCGCGACGCCCAUCCUGCUUGUGCCGCUGCUCGUGCCCCGAGGCACGCCGCAGAGCACGGCGGCGGCGAUGGGCGCGCGCAUCAGCGGCGACGUGGAGCUCGACAAACUCAAGGGCGGCGAGGACCGGCAGCGGCUGAACAGCAGCGAGGCAAGGCCCGCCGCGGAGGCGAGCAGCGAGGGCGACUGCGAACGGGUAGAGAGGACCGUGUGAGUUCGGCGUACGUCGGUGCUACAUUUUUUGUAUACUGUUCCGCGCGCGGCCCUCGCUCGACGUGAUAUUUGAAAAUGUGUUUGCCGGUGUGCGUAUAGUGUAUGUUGAGCUAUUUGCCUAUACA